GAAACAUGGUUCCAAUACAGCAGGAUUCUCGGCUUUGUCUCAUUUUGCUGCUGGGGCUCUUGGGAAUGGUGAUCUCACUCCAUGCCCCACCUGGUAAUUUAACCUGGGCUCAGUGGUUUGAGAUUCAGCACAUAAAUAUGGCCCACCCUCAAUGCAAUGCCGCAAUGCGAGUGGUUAACCGUUACAGAAUGGUAUGUAAAGAUAAAAAUACUUUUCUCCACAAAACAUUUGCUUAUGUAGCUGGUAUUUGUAACACCCCAAAUGUAAACUGCUCUAAACAAGGCAAGAUGAACUGUCAUAAUAGCUCAGUCCAAGUGCCUAUAACCUACUGCAACCUCACAAGAAAUGCAUUGAACUACACCAACUGCAGUUACCAGCAGACAUCGGCACAGAAGAUCUUCAUCAUCGCCUGUGAGAACAGAUCAUCCCGGGACAGUCGCAGGUAUCCUGUGGUUCCAGUUCACUUGGAUAAGAUCAUCUAGAUUUGGGGUCAGCAAUUUGGCCCAUGCUCACCUGCCAAGCCCCAUGGUCAUAGCUGCAGUCCUGUCCCCCGAUCUUCCCAGGAUAUCAGCAUCAGUCCUCAUGCCACCAGCCCCCCUGUGCCCUUUCAGCUUCGCUCAGCUGAAGCUACACAUGUACCCACAAUAAACUUUACAACAUUA